AUGAUGGAGCCAUGCUCCAGCGUCAAAGACAGGAUUGGAUUUAGUAUGAUUAAUGAUGCAGAGAAAAAGGGUCUUACAAAGCCAGGAGAGAGUGUGUUGAUUGAGCCAACAAGUGGAAACACCGGAGUUGGGUUAGCAUUCACGGCGGCUGCAAAAGGAUACAAGCUUAUUAUCACAAUGCCAGCUUCAAUGAGCGCUAUCGCAAAGGCUCCUCUUUUGGCGAAAACACCGAAUGGUUACAUGCUCCAACAUUUUAAUAACCCUGCCAACCCAAAGAUCCACUAUGAGACUACUGGACCUGAGAUAUGGAAAGGCACUGGUGGUAAAAUUGACAGCUUUGUCUCUGGGAUUGGUACUGGUGGUACCAUAACAGGUGCAGGAAAGUAUCUUAAGGAACAAAACCUGAGCGUAAAGCUGUAUGGAGUGGAGCCAGUUGAAAGUACUAUUCUCUCCGGUGGCAAGCCAGCUGAGAAAAUAUUCCCUCCUACAUGGACAUUCAGACAUAUCAUUCAAACAUUGUUGUCUUUUCCGGUCUAUUAG